UUAUUUAUUAUAGCUAGACUACAAGAUUUUAAUAAUAAUAUUUGUAAAUAAUAUACAAUAAUAUAAAUUACGUAGCAUUCCUGUGUUCUGUAGAAGUUGUAGUUCGAAUUGACAGAAUGCUGAGGUCUUUGGCUCUAUUGUUGUUUGUGGCGACAUCCCUGGCCGGCAGCCUUGAAGAUAAUGAGUCCUGUUAUUCGUUUGCGGGCGGUUCAGUGUACCCCGCGGAGGCUCCCAAGAGCGAUCAUCAGCUUCAGUACACCAAGGCAGUUAUUUCCAAGCCGGCGCCAACAUUUGAAGGCACUGCAGUGGUGAACAAGGAAAUUGUUAAGCUCUCCUUAUCCGAAUAUCGAGGCAAAUAUGUGGUGUUGCUGUUCUAUCCCUUGGAUUUCACCUUUGUCUGCCCCACCGAAAUUAUCGCCUUCUCCGAUCGCAUUGCCGAGUUCCGCAAGAUCAACACGGAGGUGAUUGCUGCAAGUGUGGACUCCCAUUUCACUCAUCUGGCCUGGAUUAAUACGCCACGCAAGGAGGGCGGUUUGGGUAAUGUAAAGAUUCCACUGCUAUCCGAUCUGACGCACAAGAUUAGCAAAGACUAUGGCAUCUAUUUGGACGAUUUGGGCCACACACUUCGCGGUCUCUUCAUCAUCGACCAACGCGGCGUGUUGCGUCAGAUAACGAUGAAUGAUUUGCCUGUGGGACGCUCUGUGGACGAGACUCUGCGAUUGGUGCAGGCAUUCCAAUACACAGACACGCACGGCGAAGUUUGUCCAGCUGGCUGGAAGCCGGGCGCUGACACGAUCGUGCCAAACCCGGAAGAGAAGACCAAAUAUUUUGCUAAAAACAACUAGAGGAGUGAGUGGAUGGGAUGAAAGAAGAAAGGAAGCAUUACAAUAUAUGCCCAGUAAUAUUUUAAUUCCGUUUUCAACCAAAAACAAUGUGCACGACUGAGAAAUAAAGGCAUAUUUUUCCUGUACAUAGGCACAGAAUACCAGAAA